AUGCCGGGCUCCACCGGGCAGCCCGACGCGGGCGGCGCGGGAACCGGGACCACCGCCGGCGACCCCGGGCAUCCGCACCCUGCGCUCCCGGGAGCGGAGGAUGCCGCGCCCCGGCCGCCACCCGAGCCCGACGACGCGGCCGCUGCGCUGCGCCUGGCGCUGGACCAGCUGUCCGCGCUCGGGCUGGGGGGCGCGCGCCCCGGAGAUGAGGAGGGGACGGCGACGCGCGGCGCAGACGGGGCGGCGGAGCGCGGAGAGGAUGGGCCCGCGCCCCCCGACGAGCUCGAGGCGGCCGUGGCGCCCCCGGUGACUGGUGCGCCCUCGAUGGGCGUGGGACCCUCGAUGACCGGUGCACCGUCGAUGGUCGUGGCACCCUCGGUGACUUGUGCACCCUCGAUGGCACUGGCACCGUCGGUGACCAGUGCACCCUCGAUGGCCGUUGGACCCUCGGUGACUUGUGCACCCUGUAUGGCUGUGGCACCCUCGGUGACCAUGGCACCCUCGAUGGCACUGACAUCCUCGGUGACCGUAGCACCCUCAGUGACUGUCGGACACUCGGUGACCCUGGCACCCACGAUGCCCGUGGCUUCCUCGGUGGCCCCCGGCGGGCUGCCUCUUCUGGACCCCGACGUGAGCCCCCGGCCAUCUCCCCCAGAUGUGUUCGCCAGCUUCGCGCCACACCCGGCCGCCCUGGGUCCCUCGACGCUGCUGGCUGAGCAGUUGAACGUGAUCGGCAGUCGCAAGAAGGGCGUGAACAUGACCGAGUGUGUGCCGGUGCCCAGCUCCGAGCAUGUCGCGGAGAUCGUGGGUCGCCAGGGGUGCAAGAUCAAGGCCCUACGUGCCAAGACCAAUACCUACAUCAAGACGCCAGUGCGCGGCGAGGAGCCGGUCUUCAUCGUGACUGGCCGCAAGGAGGAUGUGGAGAUGGCCAAGCGUGAGAUCCUGUCGGCCGCCGAACACUUCUCACUUAUCCGCGCCACGCGCAGCAAGGCGGGUGGGCUGUCAGGGGCCACCCCAGGGCCCCCCAACCUGCCAGGCCAGACUACCAUCCAGGUGCGCGUGCCCUACCGCGUGGUGGGACUUGUGGUGGGGCCCAAGGGCGCCACCAUCAAACGGAUCCAGCAAAGGACGCACACAUACAUCGUGACCCCGGGGCGCGACAAGGAGCCCGUGUUCGCCGUGACCGGGAUGCCAGAGAACGUCGACCGGGCGAGAGAGGAGAUUGAGGCUCACAUCACGCUGCGCACUGGGGCCUUCACCGACGCGGGGCCCGACAGCGACUUCCACGCCAACGGUACCGACGUGUGUCUGGACCUGCUGGGAGCCGCAGCCAGCCUCUGGGCCAAGGCCCCCCACCCAGCACGGAGGCCCCCCACAGCCACCAGCAGCCUGCGUGGGGACAGCGCCCUGGGUGCAACCAGCUCUUCUGAGCCCUUCUAUGUGGGCAGCCGUGGAGGGCCACCGCUGCCGGACCCAAGUCCCAGCAGCCCCUAUGGGGGCUCUGGCAACGGGGGCUUCACGUUUGGCGGGGAUGGGCCCGGUGCCCCCACGGGGACAGCCGCCCCCGAAGAUUGCGACUUUGGUUUUGACUUUCUGGCGCUGGACCUGACGGUGCCUGCCGCGGCCACCAUAUGGGCGCCCUUCGAGCGAGCCGCGCCCCUGCCAGCCUUCAGCGGCUGCCCCACGGUUAAUGGGGCACCCGCACAACCCAACACAGGUACCCGGCGCAGCAGCGGCGGGGCCGCCAGCACGCCACGCCACUCACCCACCCUACCUGAGCCCGGAGGACUGAGCCUGGAGCUGCCGCUGGCGCGUCGCGGCGUCCCAGAUCCAGUGGGUGCUGUGCCGUGGCGACCCCCACAGAGCACACUGCCGCCCUUCUCCACGACCCCCUCUCUGCCCAACACCACCCCGGCGUCCUCCACCCUGGACACCGUGGCCUCAGAGGGCAGCCACAAGCCAUCUACCACAGCGGCGACUUCCUCUGCGCCCACAGUGGCCCCGGGCCCGCCCGCCGCAGCCUUGGCCCGCGAGUGCGUGGUGUGCGCUGAGGGCGAGGCCAUGGCUGCCUUGGUCCCCUGCGGCCACAACCUCUUCUGCAUGGAUUGUGCUGUCCGCAUCUGUGGGAAGAGUGAACCAGAGUGUCCCGCCUGCCGCACGCCGGCUACCCAAGCCAUUCAUAUCUUUUCCUAGUGUACCUCUACUCUUGGGGCAGCCCUGGCUUGGGCCUCGGGGUGGGAGAGGAGGGACAGGGCAGGACUGGGGU